AUGGCCAUCUCUAUCUUCUCUCAGGAUGUUGAGACAGGGGAAUGUCCCCAGAGAGAGAGCAAGGCAUAUAAAAAAGGGGAAGCCGUGGUGCAAUGGAUCAGUCGCUCGCUCGUUGAUCCUGGGGACGCAGCUGGGAUGAUGGUUACUUGCCUGCUCCUCUCCAGCCUCUGGGCCCUUGCAUCAGGCUCUGUGCAGGUGCUGCACAAAAAGGUGCAGUCGGUCCAGGCAGGCGGAAAUAUUACUUUCUCAUGCCAAUCAGUCACGAACGAAGAUGUAAUACAAGUGACCUGGCAGAAGGAGAUGGAUGGGGCUGAAGACAACAUAGCAACUUAUAGUACAAUGAACGGUGAAAAGAUAGCAAAAGCCUAUGAUGGCCACGUGAGCUUUGCCCAUAGCGGGCUGGAAGCCUCGUCCAUCUCCCUUCACCAAGUCACCCUGCAAGAUGAAGGAUGCUACAAGUGCAUCUUCAACACCUUUCCCUCGGGAGCUGUCACUGGCAGGAUGUGCCUCAAGGUUUACGCCAUCUCAGACCCCAAAGUGGAAGCCAAGCUUAUACCCAGUCCUGACAACGCUGAAGUCUCUGAGGAAGUGGUGGGGAUGAGCUGCUCAGCAACAGGGAAGCCAGCUCCAAAAAUCACCUGGCACCUUCCAAGCACGCUGCUGCAGAAACCAAAGGAGUACCACAUCAAGCUCACCAACCAGACCAUCACUGUCAUCAGCAACUUCACCCAUGCCCACUCCAAAAUCCUCAAGGAGUACCCCAUUGCCUGUGUGAUCCAGCACCCAUCUCUAAAUGUGACCCUGCCCCUGCCCAUGGACAAUCUGACACAAGGUCAGGACAAUAUCAUGGCACCAACCAUGGCCAUUAUUGUGGGGGUGCUGGUCCCUCUGAUAUUCCUCCUCGCGUUGCUCCUUUGCCUGAGACACCUUCGUGACCCAGAGAGAAACACAGCCUGGCCUCGCUGGGUCCUUGCUGUAUGUGCCAAGGAGAGAGCAUGUGGAAGGUACAUGCUUACUGGCAAGCGGGCUACUGCUGCAGUGCCCAACACGUGAACUCCUGCAUGCCCUACACGUGGACAUCUUGGACUGUCAUGUAAAACUGCUGUGACAUCACACCAAAGGAAACACGGGGAAAAAAAAAGAACAUUCUAUAAUUCAUAUUUAUUUUCUUAGACAACUGCAUUCCGUUUUGUAGAAGAAAAGCUGUGAAUUAUUUAUUUGAGACUCUAAGACUGUUGGCUGCGUGGGUCUGUAAUGCAACUUGUGGUUGGCAUUUUCUACGCUGCAUUUAUUCUUUUCCUAUAUUUCAAUAUCCCGGGCUCCAAGUGGAGCGAGGGCUGUCUAAGGCAGUGUGGUAUUGUGUGGGGCAGUGAUUUAUGAGGUACUGCUCCAGGUGAAGGGAAGCAGAAAGUGUGUGGGACUCUGCUGGCAUUACUGAGAGCUGCCAGAAACCUUCUCCCCAGCGGGCAUGGGAGAUGGAGCAUGUCUGCAGCUGGAUCAGACUUGUAACACUGGCAGCAGGCUCCAAGCCAUCAGGCACCAGGAAGUUACCACCCUUUCCUAGAAAGUUAUUUGGAGGCAAAGGGAAGUUUCCUUCUCCUUCUGUGGUUUCCACAGCCAAUUUUUCAUUUCCCUAAUCUAACACAGUUGCCUCCUGUUUCCACGUAUCACACCUGCCUGGGGGAAGAAGCAGGGGAAUUUAAGGAGAGUUUGGAAGGGUGUCAGGCAGAGCAAUUCUCUCUCUACUCCUGUCCUCCUGGCUCCAUGCAGCAAGUGUAUGCUAUCUGGUUUUCCCUUGCACAUCCACUUUGCGUGCACUUCCCGGAUGAAGCAGGCUGUGUAGAGGCCGAAAAGCUGAGUCAAGUGAAAUGAAAGAGAGUGGGUGAGCUAAGAAUGAAUAAACCCACUUCUUGUCAUAAAAAGCUUUUAUAGAAUCCCUAAUGCUUAGUAAUAGCUGAUCUGAUGAUUGCAAGGAAAGGGGAACCAGCUACAGACCAGCAGCUCUUGCAAUUGGGAAUUUUUCUCUUGAGCCCCAUAACUGUCAGAGGAGAAAACCUGUUUUUUUCCAAACUUCCCCACAGCUGCAGUUUAGGUUUCCUCCACACCUGUAUGGGAAGGGGCAAGGGAGGGAAGCAGACCUUCCCCAGGAGUAUUUUGUAUCCAAUGGAAUGCAAGCAAAGGAGCACUGCUCCAGGGUUCUUGGGCUGUGUUGUGUCAGAUCGCUCUGCUCGAUAGGAUCUGCACUUGGCCUUCAGGUGUUGGGUUGGCUUUUUCUAAGGAUCAUUAUGGUUGUUUUUAAGAGAGGAUACUACAAAUAUUUGGACUAAUGGGCUUUUCUUUAUUUUUGUUUAUUUUUUAUUUUUUAUUUUUAAAGGGAAAAAAUAGAAAGAUCUGUUGCAGAAAUGAGGAAUCUGGACAUGGGAACAAAAAGAAUUUUCAGAAUGACAACAAAAAGGCACAAAGCUAACAAGAAACUCAUUAAGCAUAUGAUGAUUGUAGAAAUCUGUUUUUAUUUUUUACAAGUUGAUCUGGAAUGGGGAAAAAUAGAGUCUGAAGUAAAGAAAAUGCCUGCUUAAGUGUGUUUCUGACUUCUGCUCUUUAGCUGUAUGUUGAAUUGUGAAGGACUUUUGUAUGUUUCUGUUUCUUGGUGCAACAGAACCAGAGGCUGAAUGAAAAGGGAGGACAUGGCAGCAUAGAAACAAAAUACUGUGCAAAAAAAGAGCAUGUUAUUCAUCUACUUGUCUUUUACAGCAUUGAAAUGAGAACAGCAAAAUGAUGUAUAAAGGUAGAACAUUUAAAACCAAUACACAUAUUUGCCUUCGUAAUGUACAAAUCCAUCAGCCCACCAUAGUGUAUGCUACUGCUAUUGUGUUUGGCUUCAUGUAGCACAGGGCUGAAUGUAGGCAUCCAGGCUACGUACAAUUAACCGGCUGCCAGAUGUGGAAAGGAGUAUAAAAUAGAUAGAAACCGCCUUUGAGAGAACAAACAAGCAUGUGACUGAGGGGAUGAGGGUUUUACCUUGGGUGAAUAAUAUCUUAACUGUUGUUCUGAGGUUUCUUUACGAUCAUCUUGUUCUUAUCUUUGCCAAGUUUUCUCUGUGAACAAUUUGGUAGUAGAACUCCAGUGCUUCAGACAAGUUUAUUCAUAUGUUUAGUAUUUGUUUUAACAAACAGCAUGUACAGUAUGAAAUGCUGCAAAUCUCAGUAGGUCUGGAGAAACAAAAAUAAAGCUCAUCAGAACUUCAAGCAGAA